UGUUAACUGUUAUUAUGAGGCGUCGUUGAUCAUCGUUGACGCCGCGUGGUGUAGCUCGUCUUUCCCACGCGAACAAGAAGAAUCGCCGAGGAAUGGGAGAGGACGAGGAAGCGGAUUGUCCGAACAACGCGCGGCUGUUCCGAAUCGCUGUUUCCAACAGCCUGAAAAAUAUAGCCGAGUCUGUUAGUGAGAAUGAGUUUCUCGAGACACUCACAAUUCUCAAAUCGAAUCCCAACAUCGCUCAAAAACUGCACAAGGCUAUGAUAAAGGAGCUACACAGCAGCAUGAACAAUGAUCUUGAGGAUAUAUUGAAGGAAGGCAGUUUGCAGGAAAGCUUCACUAAAAUAGCCAAAUUGUCCGAGGAGAGCACGUCCGCUAAUGAACAUGCGUGGCGUCCACCGGGAGAUGUAACUUCGCAUUUGAGAUCGUUGGACGCGCACAUGAUCAAAGAGGCGACCAAGGAAUUGGAGGAACAGGUGAACGAGAUGGAAAGAGAGAACGAAAUCUUAAUGAAGACAAUCGCGGAGAGUAGAUCGAGAAUACGUGCCACGAACGACAACGUGAUGAGAAUUCUGAAUUGCGCGCCAGACGUACUACAACGAUUAGAGAAAACGUGUGAACAGCUGACGACUUGUCUUAAAAUGAUUGAAAAUGAGUAG